AGCCUGUUAAUUUUGAGUAUAGUCGGAUUCCUAACGAGUUUUAUUAUUUUAUUCACUAAUGAAAAUAAUUAUUUCAUACAAUUUGUUAUCUAUCUCGUUGGUUUGCUACCAUUGCUGACAGCCUGGGUGAUAGCGAACUACACCGUCUGGGAACUAUUUAAGAAUAACUAGAAUGCAUAAUUCGAAGGAUUACAUCGCUAUUGGUUUAGAGGGUUCAGCUAACAAAUUAGGCGCUGGGAUAGUCAGACACAAUAGAGACGGUUCAGUUGAUGUUUUAUCUAACCCUAGACAUACCUAUAUCACCCCUCCAGGAUCGGGCUUCCUUCCUGCAGACACCGCCAGACAUCACAAACAUUGGUUAUCAAGAAUUAUCCAGAAAGCUCUUCAUGACGCUGAGCUAACCAUAAACGAUAUAGACGUUAUUGCAUUCACUAAAGGUCCUGGUAUGGGUGCACCACUCACUGCAGUUGCGAUGGUUGCUAGAACUCUAUCCUUACUUUACAAUAAGCCUCUCAUUGGAGUUAAUCAUUGCAUUGGACACAUAGAAAUGGGAAGACUAAUAACAGGUGCUCAAAACCCUAUUGUUCUUUACGUCAGUGGUGGAAACACUCAAGUUAUCGCCUAUUCUCAACAGCGAUAUAGAAUAUUCGGUGAGACUUUAGAUAUAGCGGUAGGAAACUGCUUGGAUAGGUUCGCUAGAGUUAUCGGAUUACCAAAUGAUCCUAGUCCGGGUUAUAACAUUGAGCAAGCUGCGAAAUCUGGUAGUCAAUUACUCAAAUUACCAUACACGACUAAAGGAAUGGAUAUCUCAUUAUCUGGAUUAUUAACUGCUACAUCAUCAUACACAAAGAAACCUGAAUUCGGUACUGAAUUUACGAAAGAAGAUCUCUGCUUUACUUUGCAAGAAGUUGCAUUUGCAAUGUUAGUAGAAACUACGGAGAGAGCUAUGGCACAUGUUGGUUCGAAAGAAGUACUCAUCGUUGGUGGUGUUGGUUGUAACAAAAGAUUACAAGAAAUGAUGUCAACGAUGGCAGCUGAAAGGGGUGGUAAAGUCUUUGCGACCGAUAUGAGGUUCUGUAUCGAUAAUGGUCUCAUGAUCGCUCAAGCUGGUCUGCUCCAAUAUCGAAUGGGUCAAACAACUGAGCUUAAAGAUACAGUUUGCAAGCAACGCUUCAGAACUGAUCAAGUACAUGUAUCUUGGAGGAAUGAUUAAAAUGUUCUAUAAUUGUAUUUAUACAUACCAACCUUUAUU